AUGAGAAAAACAAAAAAGCAAGAAAGAAUUUGUCAUUUAUGUCAUAAUACCCAAUCAACAAAGUGGAGAAGGGUAACUGAAGAUGCCUUGAUCAAAUGUAAAGAUAAUGGUAUUAGGUUAGAAGUUGGCAAGUAUCUAUGUAAUAUUUGCUAUGCACAAUAUAUUUCAAACUUUAUUUAUAAUUAUGAAGUAUUACAAAAUUCUAAUAUGACUUCUUUUAAUCUGAAAAAAAUUACUUUAGAAAUUGAUAAUAUAGAUUAUGAGAUAGAUUUUAUGAAUUCCAACAUUACUGAUGGUAACUUAAUAUUAAGGCAAGAUGCUGUUGUGCGUUCAUGUGAUGAAGCAAUGAUUUCUAGGGAUGCAUAUAGAUCACUUUCAAAAAAUUACCCAGAGUUAGAAAGUGAUGGAGCCUAUCAUUCAAUUAUACACAUAUUAAAUAUUAUAAUUCCUUUAUUAAAAUCUUCAAAAACAUUUAAUUUAUUUAAUUAUACAUUAAAAAUCAAAUUAAGUGGUGAUGGUCAUUUGGUUGGAAAAGUUCAGAGCCAAGUUAUAUUGACAUUCUGUCUACUAAAUGAAAAAUAUUGCUGGUCAUUAUUUAAUGAAGAACUUUCUAAUUUGAAAACAAAUGGAUAUAUUGAUCCAGAAAAUACCUAUUGGAACGUUGAAUUUUUUAUGUCUGCAGAUUGGAAAUUCAUGCAAUUGGUUCGUGGUAUUAAGGCUUCUACAGCUGAGCAUUUUUGUCUUUAUUGCAAUUGUUCUAAAUCACAAAGAGCAAAUAUGGAGCUCCAGUGGAGUAAUGAUUAUAACUCAAAAACUAAAAGUUAUAAUUACGAUUGCCUAUUACCACUUGUUGAUUAUAAAAAUUGGAUACCAGAUGAGCUCCAUUUAAUGCUAAGGAUAAGUGAUAUUUUAUUUGAAUCUUUGUUUUAUGAUCUUAAUCGUAACCCAAAAAAAUUUGAAAAAGAAAUUUCUAAUCAAAUAAUUUUAGAAGCCAAAAGAAUUGGAAUUUCUAAAUUUGAAUUUUUUGAUCUAAAAAGUUCAAAAUUUAAAUGGACAGGUUUAAAUGGCACUCAAAAGUUAACAUUUUUAGAAAAUUUUCAGGCUUCUAAAUUUUACAAUGAUGGAAAAGGAAUAAAAAUAGAAAAUCUAUGGAAGGAAUUUAUUAGAUUAUAUAGGUUAAUAAGAAGGUCUCUUUUAAGCGAUCAUGAAAUAGAUAAUUUUCAAAAUGACACAAAACAAUGGAUUCAAAACUUUUCAGAAAUUUAUCAUAAAGAAGAUGUUUCACCAUAUAUGCAUGUGCUCUCCAUGCAUAUACCACAGUUCAUUAGAGAUUUGAAAAGGCAAGAAUUAUCCUUGCUUCUAUUUUCAUCUUCCAGUGUUGAAAAAAAGAACCAUCAUCAUGUUAAAUUAUUUUACGGUAAAACUUGUAUGGGUGGUGGCCAAAAAAAAGAACAAUCAGUAGUUUAUGAUCUCUUAAAUUUUGAAAAUAGACAACUAUAUUAUUUAAAAUACAACAUUCCUCUUUUGUUUAAGAAAAAGAAUAUUAAAAUAGAUUUAAGAAAAAAUAAUCACAAAUGA